CGAAGAGAGGUGGAAUUGAAGAUUCAGAAGUGUUGCUCUCACUGCCCAGAAAAGCUGGUCGCUCAGAAAACCAAGGAGUUUCACGAAUGUUGUCAACCAAAUUAUGUUUCUGGAAACAUAAAAGUGUCCUCUUUGAGAAAAUAUGUACCGGAAUUUUUUAGUAGAAGAGAAAUGGAGAAAAAUCUUCCAUUACCCGAGCAGCAUCAAUUCGCUCGGGCGAAGAGACUUCACGCGGAGAAUCUCCAGCAUCAGCCUCUACCCGACAAAGUCCACGAUUCUGUAUUCAAGAACCCCUGCCCAAGACCCUGUCGUCGACUUCCUUCGGGAAGGCUCUGUGAAUGCUGCGAACAGGUAUGUAAAAAUGAUCGUAAGAACUUGAACAAAUGUUAUGGACCAAUUUUAGGGUGCAAGGAGCCCAAGACGAAAAUGGAUUUGGCUAUCUGCUGAGAGACACCGGUAGAUCGACCACGUAGGCCCAGUCACGUCGACGGUUCGGAAGGAGGUUUGGCGCCAGCUGUCUUCACACUCGUAGAACACGCGUCUAAAUGCUCCACAAAUUAGGUUUGUUACAGUACAAUAAUUAUCUCGCCUGUGCUGCUUGGAAAACAAUUAUAUUUUACCUUAUAAUUGGAUUACAUUCUUAUUGUAAUACAAUAAUACAAUUAUUGUAAUAAUCGAUACUACAUAAAUAUAUGAAAAAUAAGAAUAUUUGGUACGUAACAUUCUGAGAAAAAUAGAAGAAUUGAAUAAAAAAUAAUUCGAAAAUUACUGUUAUAUUUAUAAAAUAAUGAUUCUUAAACCAAAAAUAUCAUUUAAUUGUUAACAGAGACUCGUCUCUUAGCAGACUGUUAACAGGUGGGCAUUUUUCCGUUUUUCACAG